UGGCACGUCGGGCUGCCCACCUGCCAGCUUCAUGUAUCUUCUAUACCUAACUCAAAAGUAUAGUGUAGCCAGCAAACAGUCUUAACUCUUUGCGAUAAAACUCGCGAAUGCACUGUUGUAGGCAUGAAAUACUAGCAAGGGCCAGCCCGACAUCACAGUAUCAUCAAUGCACGAUAUGCCUUCUCGUCGCUAGUGCAGGAAUGACUGCACCUUGCGCGGCAAAUCGCUCGCAAAGAAUCUCGCAGCAUGGAGCACCAUCAGAAUGGACCUAUAUACGAUGCGUCACACGAGAAAUCCAGACUGCGGAACGCUGCCAAACACCGCAAAAGGAGCAAGUCCAUCACACAUAGAAUGUAAGCAAAUAACUAUUCCUUCACUUCAAGCGUGGCCAUAGACGACCAGCUAAUCAUAUAUACUAGCAGUCCAUCGACAUAUCCAGGUCAAUCA